UUAUCUGUCGUUUUCCCUUAUUUCCUAGCCAAGUUACUGUGUUUUUCGUCUUUUUAUAGCAAAUUCUAUAACCCGGAAGUGAGGUGAAAGUUCAUAUGUUACAAAACAGUGCGGGCAUGCCUGGGUGAGGUACCGUGGACAGAUAGAACGUACAUAAAAGCUUGAUAAACCUCAUAUUUAGGACAAUGUUCAUGAAAGCAGCAUUCCGUGGGAGCUGGACGAUCUUUGGGUCAAGAACGUCGUUGGAUAAAGCACAGAGGCUUGUUACCGGGAAAAUGACUACACUUCGUCCAUCCAGAUCUAUAACGGUUGCAAUAGAGGGUAACAUUGGCAGUGGGAAGACAACAUUCCUGGACCAUUUUGCAAAGACCAAAGGAAUUGAGGUGAUACAAGAACCAGUGGACAUGUGGAGAAAUGUGAGAGGGCACAACACAUUGGCUCUGAUGUAUUCGGACCCAAAGAGGUGGAGUUUUGCUUUCCAGUCGUACGUACAGCUGACCAUGUUAGACAUCCACACAAGACAACAGAAAGCCCUUAUCAGAAUGAUGGAACGUUCCAUCUACAGUGCAAAGUACUGCUUUGUGGAGAACAUGCAUGAAAGUGGAAAUAUGACAGAUGCAGAGUAUGUGGUCCUUACAGAGUGGUUCAACUGGAUCCUGGCCAAUCAGAAGGUCCAGAUUGACUUGAUAGUGUACUUGAAGACAUCCCCAGAAGUUUGCCAUCAGAGAAUUAAGCAGAGAUGUAGAGAGGAGGAGAAGGCCAUUCCAAUGGAUUACUUGCAGGCCCUCCACAAUGCACAUGAAGACUGGUUAACCCACAAGAAGUUCCCAACUCCUGCACCAGUCCUGGUACUAGACGGAGACCACAAGUUGAGUGACAUGUACAGUGUGUUUGAGGAGAACAGACACAAGAUACUGCUGGGACAAAACUUGUGAGACAGGGAAACUUAGAUAAACUGACAUGGCCUAAACAUUUCAGGCUGUAUUUAAGUCUGUUACCAGAUG